AUGGGGAAAAAGGCAGUAGAAGACCGGCCGGCCUACCUGAGCUCCGAUGAUGCAAAGUACUCCCUUGGUGUCAAUCGCGGUCCUCUACCCACAGGCCAUGAUGAGAACUCCAAAUUGGAACAGGUGGACUCUGCCGGCGGAGUGUCUCUCGCAACGACGCACCGCUCACGUCGACAGCGAAUAGCGCGCCAUUGGAAACGUUUCUGGUGCUGCUACCUGAUCGGAAACAUUAUCUUUCUGGCCAUUUUCUUGCCAAUUUUCUUCCUCGUCGUUUUACCCGCAGUCUCACAACUGGUGGUCAACAAGUCCGACCUGGUUCUUGUCAAUGCUUCGGUGAUGCAACCUCGGCCCGACUCAAUUUUGUUGACUCUGCAAUCAGCACUGGAUUUGAAGCUCGCUCUGCCUGUGCGCAUUGAUCCUGUGACGCUCAAACUCUUCAACCGCGAUACAGGGGUGGAUAAUGCCUGGGGAAAUAUCACAAUCCAGGGGAAGACUAUCAAAGGAAACACGACACUGGGGGUCGAGGAUCAGCAUACGCCCUUGACCAAUGUAACUUCAUGGACCAGCUAUGUGCGCAACGUGGUCUUUCAAAAAGAAACUGCGCUCUCCGUUCAUGGCUCGACAAAUUCGUAUCUUGGGAAGAUCAAAUCCAAGGUGACUAUGGAUAAGGAUAUCGUUUCUCCGAGCCUCGACUCUUUUAGAGGGUUCAGCAUAUCCAACAGCACCUUGCUUCUUUCCGGCAAUUCAAGUGACACGAAUCUCAUCGGCAAUGCGACCCUUCCCAAUCCAUCGAUUUUGACCAUUGAGAUCGGCACUAUUAUUCUGGAUAUCUACAGUGGAAGCCUUUUGAUUGGCAAUGCAUCCUUGGACGGCCUCACUCUCAAGCCUGGCAACAACACGAGCCCCAUCAAGGGCUUCUUGGAUCUGAAAAAGAUCAUUGCCAAUUUGGGGGCAGUCCUCAAGUCUCAAGCUGCUGCGAUCAAGUCCGGAAACUUGGCUCUCAAGACAGUCACCAGAUCUGUGGUUUGGAACGGUACCGAAGUCCCCUAUUACACUCAGGUGAUGCAUGAGCUUCCGCUUAUUGCCGAGGUGAGCCUGCUCGGUACGCUGAGGAACACACUACACCAUCUGCUGCAUCCCGACGGCUCGAGCGGUGGUGGCACUGGCAAUCUCACCUCGAUCAUCUCCGGCCUCAAUCUGACUGAUGCCAUUAAUGCCGCCAAGGACGACCUCAACUUGACGGACAGUCGCUCCGUGUCAUCUGCGCUGAAGCGGAAUGUUCAUCUUCUGGAUCUGUUCAAAGGCGAACACCCCGUCAAGCGAGACGCUCUCAUCGACUCAAUGGCCAAGCUUUAUGUCAAGGCAUAA